GGAAUUCCAGAAUUGGUAGUGAAUUCCCGGAAGUUUGGCGUCCAGCUGUCAACAGAUAACCGGAGAGCCAAAGGGACAAACAGCCAAGGACAGGUCCCGGAGUGAUCGGCCGACACCCAGAUCAGCAGGAAACAGCCCCAGCCCCUGGGGAGGAAGCUAGACCCUCAUGAAGGGGAUGCCGGGGGAGGCUGCCCGCCCCCAAAGCAAGGCUGGCAGUAUCAACUGCACGCUUCACCCUCCUCGCCCCAGAGAGUCUGGCUGUGCGGUUGCGAAAACGAGUCUUCUGUUCUUCCCUUUGGGUUCUGUCACAGUGUAAGAGAGUUGGAAGGGACCUUGGAGGUCAUCUAGUCCAAUUCCCUGCUCGAGCAGGAGAGUCUAUGCUCAUUUUAGACAGAGGGCUGUCCGGUCUCCAGGGAUGGAGCACCCACAACUUCCAGAGACAAUUUGUUCCACUGGUUCAUUUUCCUGGCUGUUAGGAAGUUUCUCCUUAGUUCCAGGUUGCUUCUCUCCUCUACAAAGCCCGCCCAGGGGGUUGAGCCCCCUGUCAAGAUGGGGUGAGGCGCAGGGUCUGGGCCACGGCUGAGAGCUGCAUUCCUGCCCCGGAUAAAACGGGCUGCCAGCAGUGUUAGCAUUUCCUACUCGGUUGCAGCCCCCUGGUUAAUAGAGUUGGAGGGAAUCUUAGAGGUCAUCUAGUUUAGCCCAUGCUUAGUGCAAGCUCCACUCGGGCCCCUCCGAUGGAUGGCCCUCCGACCUCUGGGGACAGAGGCCACAUCAUGUGGCAGCCUGUUCCCCAGGCUGGCAGCUGACACAUUAUUACUUCCCCUUCCUUGUGCUUUUCACCUCCAGGUUCUGGCCCUGCCUUCUGGAGUGACAAAGGCUGAGCCUCUUCAGCUAUUGGCACAGGUGUGACCCUCCCCCUCCCCCUCCUUUCAAGGUCCCUCAGCGUUCCACCUGGGGCCUGGCCCCACUUCCUUCCUUCCACUCCACCUUCAGGCUGGACUGCUGUGUCCACACUGGAGCGACGGGUGCUGUCGGUGCCAAGCAGGCAGUUCUCCACUUUCCUCUUGCUUUCUGAAAGGGGGCAGCCCCUCCCUCUCGCGCUUCCCUUCUGCCUUCACCUUCCUGCCACCCACCCACCUCACCCACCCCCCACCCGUUAACCUUCGCGGCAGCCUCUCCUUUCACAGAAUCUCCCGUCCUUCCUGGAUUUCCAGGAUCUGGAUUGGUCCGACGUCCCUUCCUGGCACCCAUGCAGGUCAUGAUGCCCCGGCGUUGGAGCUACAAGGUGGAAACCGUCCUCCUCAGCGUAGUCGGCUUCACCUGCCUGCUGUUCCUCCUCCACUCGCACAGGAGAAGCCCCGUCCUCGAGGUGGGAGAGACCCCGCUGCCCCCCACGGCUGCCCCCAGCCCCAGAGCGACAGAGCCCCUGCCCGAGUGCCGGGAGAAUGCCUCCGUCACCAACAUCUCCGGCUUUGGCGGCCUGCCGGACCACAUCAAGGACUUCCUGCGCUUCCGCCACUGCAGGGCCUUCCCGCUGCUGCUCGACCUGCCCGGGAAGUGUGGCCCCCCGGAGGCUUCCCACCAGGUCUUCCUCCUGCUGGCCAUCAAGUCCUCCCCGGCCAACUACGAGCGCCGCGAGAUCAUCCGCAAGACCUGGGGGCAGGAGCGGACCUUUGCCGGCGUCCAGAUCCGGCGCGUCUUCCUCUCUGGGGUGGCGGCCAACGCCCGGGAGGCGCGCAAGCUCAACCGGCUGCUGCAGCUGGAGCAGGCCGAGCACGGCGACAUCCUGCAGUGGCACUUUGUGGACAGCUUCUUCAACCUGACCCUCAAGCAGGUCCUCUUCUACGCCUGGCUGGAGAGCCGCUGCCCGGCCGUCCGCUUCGUCUUGAACGGGGACGACGACGUCUUCACCAACACCGACAACAUGGUCCACUACCUGCUGGGAGUGCCCGGCGCGGGCGACCAGCACCUUUUUGUGGGGCAACUCAUCACCAACGUGGGCCCCGUCCGGGAGAAGUGGAGCAAGUACUACGUGCCGGAGCAGGUCACCGCCUCCAACUCCUACCCGUCCUACUGCGGGGGAGGGGGCCUGCUGAUGUCCGGCUACACCUGCCACGCCAUCUACCGGGAGUCCCUGGGCAUCCAGCUCUUCCCCAUCGACGACGUCUACCUGGGCAUGUGUCUGAAGCGGGCGGGGCUGGCACCCGCCUCCCACAUGGGCAUCCGGACGGUGGGCGUGAGGGUGCCUUCCUCCAAACUGGAGUCCUUCGACCCCUGCUAUUACAAGGAGCUGCUCCUGGUGCACCGGUUUGUGCCCUACGAGAUGCUGGUGAUGUGGGACGCCAUUCACCAGCCGGACCUGGUCUGCGGGAAAAAGGUGGAGAUGUACCAGAGUUUGUGACGAAAGGCAGCUCUGCCCGCUGGGGACGGGGGCUGCCCUGGCCUGGGAGAGCCAAAACCACGGCCGGCUGUCACUCUUGCUGCAGGGGGCCUUCGGAAGAACCCCCCCCUCUGGGUAUUUUGACAAGGGGUCUGGCUUGAACAGUCUGUCCCACAUGCCCCCCCCCUGCAAAAUGCAACAGAGGCUUUGCAAGCGCUGGCAUCAAGCUGGCACGAAACCUGGGGCUGGGGAUGUCUUGGAAAUUGGGCAGCCUGGCUUGGUACUCGCUGGGCACGGGAUCCGCAGAGGCUGGCUGGUUCCUGUUGCCCAACUCUAUUUUGCACAAGGUGUACCCCCCCCAGGGGCAGUUUCUGGAGCGAUGGAAGGGCUCCCUUGCUGGAUGCUGGACUGGACUGGACUGGCUGGGGGGGUCAUGAAUCAAGGCCGAUGUUUUGGGGGGGCAUGAAUGUCUGCUAGUUUCCAGGAAGGGGGCAUCUGCUGCUGCCCCUCUCAUAGCAUCCAAACUGCAAGUGGGUGGGAGCAUCAUGGCCCCCCAAGUUUGACGUGCAAUGAUUGUGGCACGUAGUUCGCCCCUGUCCCUGAAGGGAAUUAUAGCCCGGCUCAGCUUCUUCCUGAGGGAGGCUGAGGUGCUGUCCCAGCUGGUUCUGCUCGGGUGUAAGGCAAGCCCUACCCCCUUCACAAUCAGAUAGCAAAGGGGGCAGCCCACAAUGCCCCUCUGGGUGGGUGACCAGACCCAGCUGGGGUCUUUCUCCUCAGCUGCCCUCUCCAAUCUCUCGGGUUCCAGAAUGUGCCUUCCCUGCUUUCCUUUCUGCCUGGGGGGCAGCUCAGGUGAGCACCCCCCCGCCCUUUGGAGAACAGGCAAAGGCACUUGAGCUGUCAGGAAAGGCCAAGAGGAGCUGUGGGGAGGGGGGCUGCAAUACCUGGGGAUCAAAGUGCCUCUGGCAGGCUCAGCUACAGGGACACUUCCUCUGCCCCACAGAGCCUCCCCCCCCAUAUUUCCCUCUACUCUCCCCCCUGGCUCUCUCGCCUUCUGCUGUGAGGUGUGGGGCAGUCCUUCUGGACCCCUACCCCCUUUUGACCCAGAAAGGCUGACCCACCACUGCAGGGUCUUUGCUGAUUCCUGCCCCCCCCAGUGGAAAGGGAUCUCCACAGCCUUUGCCUUCCUGGCCAGUGGGGGGAGGCGCAGGCCAUCCCGGGCAGGGCUCCUCCUGGGCGGUGCUGUGUGUGGCCCCCACCCCAGAGCCAACCUGGCUGGACUUCUGCCCCAGUGCAGGGAGCCUCUUGACCCUCAAGCAGGGAGCCCCUUCCCUGGAGGGGCGACCUUGAGGGGGGAGGUGCCCUCCGCUCUUUUGGGGACUGAUGAAAGAAUAAAAAUGCCUAGAAAGUUA